AUGUUUGACGAAGAGUCUGAGGCUCUUGGCAGUCAGCGCUCAGCGACGCAGAGAACACUAUCUACAAGCUCGCCGUUGGACUCUAGAGCUUUUUCUGAUCGUCGGUACAUUGGAAAUGACGACCUUAUUCAAAGAACCAGGUCCGGCUCUUUGUCAAUGCGCAUCACCCAAGUAGGUGGUGUCAACAGCAUUGAUAACUUUGCUCGGUCGUGGCAAAGGGCCGCUUGCUUCCCAGAGGUAUUUCCUCGACGUGGGUCUUUUACGACAACCGACUCGGACGAUGAAUGGCAACCCUCAAGUGGCAAUUUCAUCAGGCCACAAGGUCCAUUGCAUACUGAUCUAGACCCGACUCUUACACGGCCUUUAUUAAGCGACAAUGGGGCAGCAAGCUCAUACCAAAGAGAUGGUGUAUACAACGCCGGCCAUUUGGAGCCACCUCUAGGCACAUCCUAUGGCACAAUCUCCUCACGGGUGAGCGAGUCAGCUCGGAGACAUGUUAUUGAGUUUCACAAACAGCAACAAGCUCAUACUGAACCUGCGGUCGGUCAUGAUGGCGAACAGCUGCUCGUCAAACAGGUGCAGCACGAGGAUGGCACGAGGGGUAAUGUUGUAGUUGGCCAGUCUACCGUGCCACAGACGGUAUUCAACUCUGUCAACGUGCUAAUUGGUGUUGGCCUAUUGAGUCUGCCGCUGGCGAUGAAGCAUGCAGGAUGGCUACUUGGCCUUCUGUUUCUCCUAUUUGCGGCAUUGACUACGGCCUAUACGGCCAAGAUCCUGGCAAAGUGCCUGGAUGUCGACCAGAGCCUGGUAACAUAUGCUGACCUAGCAUAUAUCAGCUUCGGGCAUCACGCUCGCUUGGUAAUAAGUCUCUUGUUCUGCUUGGAACUUCUUGGGGCAUGCGUUGCACUCGUCGUUCUCUUUGCAGACAGCCUCCAUGUUCUCUUCCCGGGGUUGAGCAUCCCUCAAUGGCAGGUGGUGUGUGGUCUGAUGCUUAUGCCGCUCAGCUUUGUACCUUUGCGACUUUUAAGCGUGACGAGUAUUCUAGGCAUUCUUUCUUGUACAUCCAGUAUGUCUAUCCACCCCUCUCCUUACGACUUAAAUUAA